AUGAAGGACAAUGACCUAAUUGCGUGCAGAAGGCGCAGUGCUUCUUCGACGGCCAAUAACCAAGGCCGCGAGAAAGAUUUUGAAAAGGUUUCCGGUUUUUCGGCUGUUAAAUUCCAGGCGAUCGGUUGGACUUGUUGGCUCUUGGCCAUGUGUAUCUGUUUCUCCGAAGCAAGACUUAAACUAAGAAGACCUUUAGCACCUUUGCCUCAUGCACCACCGAUAUUCAAGAAAUCAUGGCCUAUCGGGCCUAGAAUUUCUAUGGGAAACACGAUACACAUUGGUGGAAAUUUCCCUCAUAAACGAAUAUCUUAUAAACCUCCAAAUUAUAGAAUUAGACGACCUCCGAUGUUUAAUGUUCUUCCUACUACCUGGAAAACUCAAAUGCCAGUCCUCGGGAUUUUAAACAAUCAUGCUGUACUUCCGCAACGUCCACCGGUCAAAGAAUUUCAUACGAUGAACCAAGUUCCAGAAUAUAGUCCGGAAUAUAGGCCUGAACCAAUGAUAUUGCCACCGACUCAUCGAGGUAGCAUCGACGACGACAAGGGUCCUAUUCAUACGAUACCUGCACCUAAUUUGAGCCCAGCAGACAAACCUUACAAUUCUGAUGCUAAUUCUGGACAAAAGACCGUUUCUCAGCAUCAAUAUAGUAACGAUCUCAAUUAUAAUCUCAAUCUACAAAGUAAUACACUGGCAAACGAUUUCGGAUUAGCGACUCUUGGAACCAGCUUGGCACCUCAACGAACUGUAACCAGUCCAACGCCUAUUCAACAUCAAUAUGAAGUGACAGAGGACAAUGACCUAGCCCAAAAGGAGUAUCAUACAGUGCAGCCAACGUUUUUCACUCCGGAAUUCGAUGUAACCAGGCUGGCUACGGUAGUCAAUCCUGACCUACAAACCAACGAAGUUUUCCUCAAUCACCCACCCAUAACCAACACGGGCCUAGCGAAUAUUCAGUUCGGUCAAACCGACACACCGAUGCAAACAAACUUGCGCAGUUCUCUUCAUGUGGGCUUCCCUGGUACUGCCACUCAAACAGCCAAUACGAUUAGCAAUCAAAUUCCUGACUUGCACGUUGGACAUCCGGCACCAGCUGGACCACCUUUAUCCGCUACUCAACUUUACGAUCUUUUGAACAGCUUCCCACAUAAACUCACGGAACAAUAUACGGCAGGUCAGCAACCUCAACUACAACAGCAUCUACUACAGCAACAACUUGGCCAACUUCUCCAGCCUAACGGAGUCACGAGUUUCUCUCAACCACAGAUGCAUUCUUUUAAUUACGACGAGCAAGACAAUCAGCAGCAGCAGCAGCAGCAGCAGCAGCAACAGCAGCAACAAUUACAACACGACCAACAACAGAUAUUAUUAGAUCAGAAUUUCGCAUCCGGUAGAGUCACAGCGGAUUACAAUUUGGAAGCAGAACCUUCGAAUAUACAACAGACUGAUAUACAAUCUGACGAGGAACUAAGCUAUACCGCUGAAGUACCGGUCGAACAAACAGAAAAUAAUAUUGAUUACGAGGAAACGAAUAAUCGGGUUGCACCAUCCACGUAUUUCAGCAAAGUUACCACCAACAAUGGUGGACUAUCCACACAAUUCUACACAUCUUUGCCUAAUCGCGAAGCUGCAGAGAAAUUAGCUGCAUUAGCUGCUGCUGGAAACGUAAAUAGUCAGUUGAUUGGACAUCUACGAAAGCAACAACAAGAGAGCCAACAGCAAAGCGAGGCUAUGCCGCCUAAUCACAAGGACGAGAGUUAUCAAGAUACUCAAGAGCAACAACAAUAUGAAUCGGAAUACGAACAGCAACAACAAUAUCAUCAGCAACGUAUUCAUCAAGAACAGACUGAAAAUGAACGACGUGAUAAACAACGUUUUCUACAACAACAACAACAUCGACGAAGGUUAAAUCAGCAAAAUCUUAAUCAAGAAAAACGACCCUUGCGAAUAAUGGUACCCGAUGACGAAGAAUACGUUAACGAUUCUGAUUCACAAAGCGAAGAGAAAAUAGAGUAUGAAUACGACAUUGACGAAGGUGACGCGAAGGAUUCUCGAACUACUACAUCAUCGAACGAACGACUUCAUGAUCAAAAUUCGAAAUAUGAAUUCGGUACACGACUCAGAUCUAAGACUGGAAAAUGAAAAUACUUAUUAAUAUAAUAUUUGUAUAUGAUGAUUAUUUAUCGACAAGUUUUAGG